GAUAAUAAGCGUGCUAUGUCGAUAUAUAUUUGUUGUUGAUAUUAUUUUUGGUAUCGAUAUGGCGAUAUUUGUGCGCUUAAGUUGCACCUCUCUUCACUUUUCAACGAGUUCACAAAAAUAACUUCUGCCAGAGUUCUUUGAAGAUAAAUGCUAGAAUAUUCGGAUGAUUGUCUUAUUUUAUAGUCCAAGCAGUUUGUUUUCGACAUAUCGUUCCGAUGGCAGCUAAAAAGUAGUCGGAUGGAAAUUUUGGUGUUCUGUCGGAACGGAAGUCGGCCCUAACCUCUCGUAAUUAGAAGCACACAAGAAUACACACCAGGAACGGGAGGAAUCAGCACUUGUUCAGAAGCUGGUGAUUCUACGGACUGACUUCGUGCUCGUGAUCCUUCAUCAACUGGUCGCACUUGGCCAUGCCGGCGGUGGCAGCAGGCAUGGCCGGGGGCCGACCUUGUGCGCCGCCUGCGAGCGAGGACAGGACGGCGAUCAACAGCGUCCUCAGGGCCACAAUUAGCAACGCCAAGGAGGCUCCCAGUCCCACACUCCUCUCCAUCUCCCCCCCAACUCAUGGGCCUCGUGCUACACGGCGGAGAAGGCGAGGAAGUGACGCUGACGGUCGUACUCUGAUUUACAAUCUUCAAAUAAAGGAGACGAAAGAUCUGGAGUUCCACAUGCGCUGUGCUGAACAUGCAAUAUCCCAUCUUUGCAGACAUGCUAUAGAUGGGACUUACGAUACACCUAUGCGACGUGGGAUCAAGACGUGGGAUCCCGGAAAAACCAAUUAUCUUGGCGAUGUCUACGAGGCUCUGCUUGGCGUCUUUGGGAAUCGUCCCUUUACCAGCCACCAGCAUGCUUUGACAGAGCCCCGAUCGCCUUUAGAGCCAUCGGCCUUUCCGAACUUUCGGCCAGCAGACAAAUCUUUGAGCUGGCUGAGAAAAAGACGAUCAUUGAAGAGUACUUAGCUAAAGGAUGACUUCGCAGCUGAACUUAUCCAUCAUCCAUUGGGCGCUGGAUGGGUUUGAACGGAUCCCCAAAACAGCGUUCAUCAUAAGUGUGGCGCUGCGAUGUCGAUCGAGGAGGAGGUGCAGGAUGCAGGGUCCAAGGAAGCAGCGCUUAGCAAGGCUGCUGAUCAGUCCGAACGGAUGA